AUGGCUUCCGGCUCAGGUCCUUCCAACAACGGCCGCCACGGCGCGUCCCCGUUCCGGAGGCAGAACAAGAUCACCGCCCGGCCCCCAGGCGCACAUGCUGCAGUGACCGACCCGUACUAUGGACACGAAGAGACCGCGAAGCUGUGCUCCCGCUUCGUGACGCACCUGUUCACAUGUCCGGACCUGCCCCCGCUGUCGACGUCCAUCCCGCCCGCGCCGUCGCCCGCGCUCGGCAACUUCAUCGCGUACGCGCUGCACCGCACGCGCCUGCACACGUCCGUGACGUUCGCGGCGCUGUACCUGCUGCAGCGCCUAAAAGCGCGCUUCCCCGCCGCGCGCGGGAGCUCCGGCCACCGCCUCUUCAUCAGCGCGUUCAUGAUCGCGAGCAAGGUCAUCUGCGACGACACGUACUCGAACAAGUCGUGGUCGAUCGUCGGCCAGGGCAUGUUCGCGCUGCGCGAGAUCAACCAGAUGGACGGCUUCGGCUUCCCCGCCGUCCCUGCCGCAGCCGACGCAGCCGCCGCAGGAGCCCUCGCAAACGCCGUUGCCCCACCCGAACUCGAGCCCGAGCUGCUCGUCCUCGCGCCCGGACUGCUCGAGUUGAUAUUGAUCGGCGUGCCAAUCGUGCCCGAGCCCACCACGCGCACGUUGUGGUCCUCGUACCCCAGCGGCGUCGACGGCGGCGCGCUGCUCGCGGGGCUCGUGCUCGUCGACAUGCUCGACUCGGGGGUGUCCGGGGUGUUCGGCGCGGACGCGCGUGCUGGGGGGUGCGGCGCGUGGUGCCCGUGGCCGUGGCCGUACGGGUUGCCCGCGUGCACGGGCACGGGGGGCGGUAUGGGCUUGGGCGGGGACGUCGAGGGCGCGUUGGUGACGCGCGUCGUGAAGCUGGGCGGGGGCGCGCUCGCGUUCGCGGGCGUAUAG